AUGGAGUUUGCUGGUUUCCAUCUUCAGCAUCAGCUCCAAGAAGAGUUUGAUCAGUGUGUAACUUCAGCCACCCCACAUGACUAUAAACCUUCCACUACUCAAUCAUGGAUUCCAAGCAACAUAUAUAAUGGUUGUACCAAUGGGUUUAUGACUGAGAACUUCACAAAUUCAAGAGAACAAGGACACAAGUAUGACAUGACUGAUUCACUCAGAACUUCAACAGGGCAAGACUUUGGUUUCCACAAUGGAAAAAGCUUCACUCAACAGCAAGCCUAUGAUCUCUUAGUUUCUUCUCCUAGUCGUCAUGUAAAUGAAAAAGAAUUUUCGCCUUCAGAGAAUCUCUAUCAUCUUCAGAAGCCUAUAAAUGAAGGGAUGGCCCUAACCAAGAGCUAUAACUUUGGCCAUAUUUCAUCAUUCACAAGGGAAGUUGCAAUGACGAAAAGGCCUAGCAAAUGCUCUCGAUCACAAGAAUCUGAAGCGAAAGCUAAGAAGUCAAGGCCUUCAUGCCCUCCUUUGAAGGUCAGAAAGGAAAAUUUGGGAGACAGAAUCCAAACUCUUCAGAGGUUAGUGGCACCUUUCGGGAAGACCAGUACAGUCUCUGUAUUAACUGAAGCCAUUGGUUACACCCACGUCCUUCAUGAACAAAUCCAGACUUUGAGUAUUCCUUACAUGAAGUUCGCACAAAGCAAGUCCUCUAGAAUAGUGCAGCUGGAUUCAAAAAAGGUAGAUAGCAGAGAAUUCAAGCCAGACCUUAGAAGCAGAGGCUUGUGUCUUGUGCCGCUUUCUUUCGCAUCAUCUAUUAAUCGUUGGGCUUAG